AUGCUUUGUGUCUACUUUCUGUAUAGAUAUGCCCACCUAGGAAAGGUCUUUGGAAACCCUUGGAAAAUUGCACGAGAGAUCGACCGGAAGGAAAAGGACUUUAAACCCAUUAUUGAAGUUAACAACUUCAUAUAUCUGUACCCAUCAAAGACAAAGGAGAAUGAGCAGGAGAACGGAGAUGGGGAAAGGUCUACCUCUCUAUCUAGAUAUUGCCAAAAACCAAAGAUAUUCAAGCUAUUAAACUUAUUCAUGUUUCCAAUGAUGCUGGUGUUACUGGGAGACCGAAUGUUGACUGGUUUGAGCAUGAUUCUGGACAUCUGGAAGGUUCUACGAUUGGUUUUAAGGGAGAUGAUAAACCCAAUUUCAUUGGAUCAUUCUAUUCCAAGACCAAGGCUAUGUUGUGGUCGAGGUCGUGUUUGUUCAUCAUUCACUAAUGGACCUAUGGCGCUCAGAGGCACUAGGUGGCUUAAGGCGACAGGAGAAACGCCUCCAGCCUCCAAGGCGGCGUUGUGUACAGGAGGCAUCGAUCUAUGA